GAGCGGCGGCGGCGGCGGCAGCGCGGGGCGGGCAGCGUCGCCCCGUGUAAUGCGGCAUGUCCAAGACGCUGCGCAAGAAGCGGCACUGGCUGAGCAAGGUGCAGGAGUGCGUGGUGUCCUGGGGCGGCCCGGCGGGCCCGGACCCCGACCUGCUGCGCGGCGGCGCCGAGCGCGGCGAGUUCCCGUACCUGGCGGGCCGCCUGCCCGCGGGCGGCGAGGGCGCGCAGGGCCCCGUGCUGCUCUCGGGCAAGGCGCCGGCGCCGGGGGACGUGCUGCUGGAGGUGAACGGCACCCCCGUGAGCGGCCUCACUCACCGCGACACGCUGGCCGUGGUGCGGCACUUCAGGGAGCCCGUGCGCCUCAAGACCGUGCGCCCAG